GUGGAUGCGUCCUUUAAAUAAAAAAUAAUUAAUAAAAAAAUAAAUAAAAGUGAUAUCUAGUCCUUUUAGAUUUUAUCUCCUGCAUGAAGCCACACUGCGAUGAAGCCUUUUAUAAAGCAGGCAUUCGUUGUAAGCGGAGCGGCGUUGAACAUAGCUGGACAUGGAUGUGCACAUGGAUAUCCUGCAGUGCUGUUUGCUCAGCUGACCAGAGACGGUGGGCCGGUCACGUUGACAGAUCAUGACACAUCAUGGAUUGCGUCUGCAGUCGGCGCGAUGGGCAUCGUGGGCAAUUUCAUUUCUCCCGUCCUGAUGACAAAGUUCGGACGUCAGCGCGCACAUCUCAUCUCAACAUUGCCUGCCCUUCUUGGCUGGCUGGUUUUCAUUUUCGGGAACUCCGUGCCACUCUUCAUACUCGCCAGACUUCUACACGGACUUGCCUUAGGACUUAGAACACCAUUAGCAGCCAUUCUAGUCGCUGAAUACACUGAUCCAAAGUAUAGAGGCGCGUUUUUGGGAACAUUUGCUAUCUCCCUCGGAAUGGGAAUCUUCCUCUCUCACUUAUGGGGAGCCCAUUUAACGUGGAAAGUAACGGCAGCAGUCUGCUCUUUAUUCCCAAUCAUAGCCAUGGCUAUUAUAAGUCUAUCUCCAGAAUCACCAUGCUGGUUGGUUUCCAAAGGCAAGUACGCUGAAGCUCGAAAAGCUUUCAGAUGGGUCAGAGGUGAGGGUCCCGAACAACGAGAAGAAUUGGAAGCUAUGAUAAACGCACAAAAAUUGGAGAAAGCCGAAAAGAGGCCAGACUACUCUGAAACUCACGUCUGCAACAACAUUUUCAAGAAGAUCGUUGAGUCGAUCAGUUCUAUUGUGAAGAUAUUUAAGAAGAAAGAGUUUUAUAAGCCGGCCAUAAUUGCUAUAAGCAUGUUGAUCGUGUUCGAAUUUGGGGGAGCGCAUAUGGUUGCUGCGUACGGAAACAUCAUACUCCAAGUGGUUUUGGACAAGAAAGACCCUCAGGACGUAGCGUGGCAGUUCACAGUGAUCGACUUACUAAGGACAGUGUGUGCAUUCUUAGCUAUAUUCCUACUCAAAUGCUGCAAACGAAGAACUAUUUUGUUCUCAAGUGGUGUCAUGACCGUUCUGUCGAUGACAGCUAUAUCAGCCUUCGUAUAUUUAAGAAGAGCUGGUGUUUUCACUGCCCCAUGGAUGUUGGAUAUUUUACCAAUGUCAUUAAUGGUGCUGUAUACUUUGUCCUUCUGUUUAGGAUUAGCCGCUUUGAAUUGGGUAAUAUGCGGUGAAGUAUUUCCCUUAGCGUAUAGAAGUUUAGGUUCUACACUAUCCACAUCAUUUUUGACUCCCUCUUUUGUGAUUUCAAUGAAAACUGCACCGCAUUUGUAUUCUUCUGUAGGAGUAGAAGGUGCGUAUUUAGUCUAUUCAGCGAUUUUGACUGUGUUCCUUAGCAUAAUGUAUGUUUUAUUGCCUGAAACUAAGGAUAGGACGUUGCAAGAUAUAGAAGAUAGUUUCAAAGGAAAGAAAAGUAACGAUCCUGAAGCGCAGAUGAAACUAAUAAUGAAAGAAGAGGGAGUUGUAGUGAGUAAAGACGCUAGUGAGAACUUGUAUUGAGUUGAAAUUACCAAAUAAAAUAUAUGCGUAGAAAAUAUAAUAGAUUUAAAAUACAGGGUAUAGAAGAGAGAGAUGAGAAAAUAGUAUUAAGAAUGUAGCUAGAGGUUUAAAUACCGCCGUUACAACGAACUAUGAAAUUGUUUAUACCAACCUACUGAUACCACGAUUACAAUUUAGUUUUAAAUUAUGCAUUUUAAGUCAAUAAUUGUGUGAUAGAAUCAUUUAUCUGAUGUAUCGAUUAAAUCGAAUACAUCAAUGAAAUCAUGGAAGUAAUGAAGGUCAGAAUAUACUGCUCACGAGAGGGCGCUCGAGUUAAUAAACUGACAUUCGCAAUGAAAGCGCCCUCUACCCUAAAAGUUACUUUUUAGUGAGAUUUAAAUGUAGGUAGUUUGUAAGUUCACCUACCCAGUAUACUUUCAUAAAUACGUAUGUACGUAAGUAUGUAGAC